AGAGAGAGAGAGAGAGAGAGGAGGGGGGAUGGAAAACGGAGGAGGGGCCGUGAAAAGUGGCGGGCAGGGGGCACCGUCGUCCUGGGACAUCUGGGAUCUGGGUAACUGGAGUUCCGCAGCCAUCGCCGCCGCCCCUUCGUACUACAACCCACACGCCAUCGCCUCGUCCACCGCCUCCUCCUUCUCCUCCUCCUCCUGCUGCCCCCCAUUCACCGACCACGCCGCCAUGGUCCCCACAGCCACCGGGGACCACCUCGCCCAGGGCCAGCGGUACGGCCACCACCACCACCAUCUCACGUGUUUGAAGCUCGGAAAGAGGCAGUACUACGGAGAGGAGGGGAUCGCCGGUGGCGGGAUCAAGAGGGAGAAGCUGUCGUCGAAUCCGGCAGCGGCGGCGGCGGCGGUGCCGAGAUGCCAGGUGGAAGGCUGCAAUAAGGCGCUGGUGGACGCCAAGGACUACCACAAGCGGCAUAAGGUGUGCGAGAUGCACUCCAAGGCCCCCAAGGUCGUCGUCCUCGGCGCCGAGCAGCGCUUUUGCCAGCAGUGCAGCAGGUUCCAUGUGAUAUCGGAGUUUGACGACGCCAAGAGGAGCUGCCGGAGACGGCUGGCAGGGCACAAUGAACGCAGGAGAAAGAGCACCAAUGACUCCAUUAGAAACCCUUCUCUAGAAAACACAAUGAUGAGCAGCAGAUUCCCCUAUGUACCAACUUCUCCAGGUCGUGCUCACUCUCUUCUGUCAUCCAAGGCCUCCCCUUGGGUUUCAAGUACUGACCUCUCUUCUCGAUCCAGCGCUGCACUCCGAGAACUGAUAGCAGAGAACCGUGCUGCUGUCUUUGCUAGGCAACUCUUCUCCGACCGUGGUGGCUGGCACAAUGUGUGCUCAGGGAACCAGGCAACCCUUCCUUACGUGCCACAUCAGCAUCCAGAGCCAUUGCAAGCACAAGCUCAGCUUAUGGAUGGCUGGAACCAAUUCCAGGAGGCUGGCAACCAUCAUGUGACGCUGGACCUCAUGCAGAUGCCCAGCUCCUCUUUUGGGAUUCUCUCGGGAAGGAGGAAGUCGAAGGAGGAUGAAGAGGAGUGCUGUGAGAUUUGGAAAUCUUUGGAAGGAGCCCAUGUGGUGUGAAAUCUCCAGUUCUUUCAUGGAAUCAAGCUGCUAAUUUUCAAUUGAAUUAAUUUUUCGGAAAUUGGUAAUGUAUUUGUCAACCAAUUAAACUUUAAUGUGGAAGCUUCCUUAUGGUAUAUUUUGAAAUAUAUAUGUGGUAGCUAUUUUUUAUGUGUCAA